GAAGAAGCCGAGGAAAUGUACAAGCGGGCAAUAGAAGGGAAGAAGAAGGUUGUGGGCCUCGAGCAUCCCUCCACACUUGAUUCACUCCACGAUCUUGGCAUCUUCUAUGCGGAUAGGAAUAGAUUAACUGAGGCCCAAGAAGUGCUCGAGAGUGUGUUGAAAGGAUACGAGACAACAAACGGCAUCGACAAUACGACAAUAGUUACCGUAGUCCACAGUUUGGGCCGCCUUUACAGGCUUCAAGGCAACCUAUCCGAUGCUGAGAAAAUGUUGCAACGCUCGGUGGAUGCGUACGAGGAGAUUAAUGGCUCAGAUCAUUUCCAAACAUUGAUGGCGUUUUACAACUUGGGUCUGGUCUAUCAGGAUCAGGGCAAGCUAAGGCAGGCCCAGGAGUUGUUUCAAAAAGCAUUGAUUGGGCUUGAAAACGAAUUCGGUUGUAGUCACGGUGUUCCGCGGGCAGUACUAAACUCCAUUGACGCCAUU